ACUAUAAUCUGCAAGGCAGCUAGGCUCGGUGACGGUCCAUCCCAGUCUUUGAUUCUCCGCAUGCUCAACCUGUUUUUUGUCUUUUCUUCUUCCAAUUUUGCAUGUCUGACUGAUUUACCAAAAGAAAAUUUUGCAAAGUUUUCUUUCUUCUAAGUUUGUGUGGUCAGGACUGAAGUGUAUCACAAGUAGUUGAUAACUUCAACACAAAAAUGGCUCUGCUGCACCACCCUUUCAUCUCCAAUAAUUCCUUGGCAAGAACACUCCCCUUCUCACCGCUCCCCCACAAUCUCACCACUGCAACAAGAAAAACCUCAAGAGCAACUGUUUCUGUUGCAGAGCUGCUGAUCCCGAAAACAAGACUAAAGCAAGGAAGAAGGGGAUCCAUAUUUUGCUCCGCAGUAGCAGAGGUUGGAGGAGGAGCGCUUGUUGAUGAGAAGGAAGGUGGAGGAUCAGAAGAUGAUCGUGUUUUUCUGGGGCAUACUCUUGUGGAAGAAGAGAAAGGACAAGUGGGUCGCGUUGAGUAUGACUGGAGAGAAGAGUGGUAUCCUCUCUACCUUACUCGGAACAUCCCUGAUGAUGCUCCUUUGGGUCUCACUGUCUUCGAUAAGCAGCUCGUGUUGUAUAAAGAUGGAAGCGGCGUUCUUAGGUGCUACGAAGAUCGUUGUCCUCAUAGAUUAGCGAAAUUGUCAGAAGGUCAGUUGGUUGAUGGAAAACUAGAAUGCCUCUACCAUGGUUGGCAAUUUGAAGGUGAUGGUAAAUGUGUGAGGAUUCCUCAGCUCCCGAAAGGAGCACAAAUUCCUCGAUCUGCUUGUACCAAGACUUAUGAGGUGAGGGACUCUCAAGGAGUUGUAUGGGUAUGGAUGUCAGAUAAGAACCCACCAAACCCUGAUAAGCUCCCAUGGUUUGAGAACUUUGCUAGGCCAGGAUUCCAGGACAACUCCACCAUCCAUGAGCUUCCAUAUGACCAUUCAAUACUCCUUGAGAACCUCAUGGAUCCAGCCCAUGUACCAAUCUCACACGACAGAACUGAUUGGAGUGCGAAAAGAGAAGAUGCCCAAGCACUGGUUUUCAAGGUUACUGAACGAACUGAUCGUGGAUUUGCAGGCGAAUGGAGUAAAGAAAGUGAGCAAGACAACCCAAGUUCCUUACGUUUUGAUGCACCCUGUGUUCUCCAAAACAACCGUGUGAUUGUCAACAACAAGGGGGAGAAACACUACUUAUCUGGCCUCUUCCUUUGUCGACCAGCAGGACAAGGGAAAUCCAUGCUCAUUGUAAGGUUUGGAAGUACUGUAGGAUCCUUCCUACCAAAAGUGAUUCCAAAAUGGUACAUACACCAGAAUGCAUGUAAGGUUUUUGAGCAAGAUAUGGGCUUCCUCUCAUCUCAAAAUGAGGUUCUUAUGAAGGAGAAGGUCCCAACAAAGGAGUUAUACAUUAACCUAAGAUCCUCAGACACUUGGGUUGCAGAGUACAGGAAGUGGAUGGACAAGGUUGGGCAUGGGAUGCCUUAUCAUUUUGGUCACAGAACAAUCUCACUGCCUAGGGAGCCUGCUGUGGUGGAACAUGCACCAGCUGGGCUGAUUGCCGGAGCAUCGGCUUCCUUGCCGGCAAAGGGUGGCCUGGGAACAACACAUGCUCCUAAUCCGGCUAAUCGAUAUUUCCGACAUGUGGUCCAUUGCAAGGACUGCAGGAGUGCCAUCCAAGCUUUUGAAGCCUGGAAAAAUGCCCUUUCUAUCAUGGCUCUUGCUUCAACUGCUUUGGCCAUUCUGGUGUCAGGGAGACAAUGGAAGGCUCUUCUUUUGGUUUCCACAGCAUUGUUCUUGGCAGGAGUACAAGCAUGCUCCUCUGUAAUUGCAAUCAACACAACAAAUUUCAUUAGGCAUCACAGGAGAUUGUGAAAGAAAGGAAGAGAUUACUGUAUAUAACAUGUAGGGGUAUGAAGACAGUACAAUAAAGAAUAUUUUAAGGUUCUGAGUUCA